AUGCAAGGCGAGUAUACCUACCAUAGGAAACUUCACAACGCUCCUAUGCGCUAUUACUAUAGCAAUUACAGGAAGGGAGUAAAGGAUCCUGAUGAAAAGUCUGUACCCAAGUUUAAAAGGUUUCCGAUCGACUCGCAUACUACUUCAUGUUUCGGAGACGUUCUCAAUGGAUGGCACCCACCAACUUCCGAUCAACCGUGGCUCAUGCUAACGAUGCCCGAGGUCGGAGCACUAGCGGAAAGUGCAAACAAGGUCAACAUCUACGGUUCAUUAAUGAUGGAAACUGAACUCAAAGUUCAUUUCUUUACUGACCCACCCUACGGAAUAAACAAUGGACAGCGGACAAUUGAUCUUGAAGACCUGGUCUUUGACGUGGGCAACCACACCAUAACAACUCUAACUAAUUUACGAAAAUGA